CCCAACCCAAAAGGGAGGAAGAAAAAUUGGCGCAAGAAACCAAACCGAACCACCGGCCCGCCUCCAACCGCGCUUAAAUGCGCGCCCUUUCUUCUUCCCCGGAGUUAAACCCUCGCGGACGCCUCCGUCAGUCGCUCGCUCUUACAAAAGGGAAGCUCCUCCGAUCCCCCUGCGCCUCCUCAGCUACUAGCUUGCUAGCUGUACGCAGGCGGCUAGCCAGCUAGCUAGCUGCCUUUCCUCAGCCUGAGCGCGCGCCGUCGUCUGCUGUGUGCUUUGCCGCCGGCCACCCACGCCUGCCGCCGAGGUCAAUCGGGAGCGGGGGGCAAUGCACAUUGCCACCUGCGUGUGGCAGGAGAAGGCGGCGGCGGCGGCGGGCAUGGGGGAAGGAGGAGGAGGAGGCGGCGGUGUUGGCGGUGGUUGGAAGAAGAAGAAAGGGGAGUGGGCGUCGGUGGCGGCGGCGGCGGGGGGCGCGCUCAACUGCGCGGUGAGCUUCGUGGUGUUCUCGGCGCUGGACGUGCUGGACGUGGUGCUGUGCCUGGUGUACAAGCUAGUGGACUACGCCGUGGAGGCGGAGUGGAAGGCGUGCUACUGCACGGCGGCGGCGGCGCGCGGGGACGGCGGCCCGCGGGUCGUCGCGCCGUCGGGGCCCAAGGUGGUGCGGCUGUCGGCGUCGUCGGCCAAGCUGCAGCUGGAGGACGUGUCCGACACGCUGUACGUGCGCCCCUCGCUGCUGGCCGACGCCACCAAGAAGGGCGCCGGCCCCGCGCCGCCCGCGCUCACCGUCAGCCCCGCCGUCGCCGAGGCGAUCCGCGGCAGGAUCCACCGCCCUUCACGGCCGCCCCCGCCGGCGCCGUGCUGGUCCGACUGCGACUGCAAGGUCUGCCACGCCUGGAGCGCCGCGCCGCGCUCCGCCUCGCACCUCUACGUCCACGUCCAGGCGCCGCCGGCGCCGGCCGAAGCGGCGGAGGACGUGGUGUUCAUCCACGGGUUCAUCUCGUCGUCGGUGUUCUGGACGGAGACGGUGUUCCCGGCGUUCAGCGCGGCGGCGCGCGGGCGGUACCGGAUGUUCGCGGUGGACCUGCUGGGGUUCGGGCGCAGCCCCAAGCCGGCGGAGUCGCUCUACACGCUGCGGGAGCACGUGGAGAUGAUCGAGCGCUCCGUGCUCCAGCGCUUCCGCCUCGGCUCCUUCCACGUCGUCGCCCACUCCCUCGGCUCCGUCCUCGCCCUCGCCCUCGCCGUCAAGUACCCCGCCGCCGUCAAGUCGCUCACCCUCCUCGCGCCGCCUUACUUCCCGGUGCCGGAGUCGGAGGCCGGCGCGGCGACGCAGUACGUGAUGCGGCGGGUGGCGCCGCGGCGGGUGUGGCCGCCGAUCGCCUUCGGGGCGUCCAUGGCGUGCUGGUACGAGCACGUCAGCCGCACCAUCUGCCUCACCAUCUGCCGGCACCACCGCGUCUGGGACCGACUCUUCAGGAUCCUCACCAGGAACAGGGUCCGGACGUUCCUGAUCGAGGCGUUCAUGUGCCACACCCACAACGCGGCGUGGCACACGCUGCACAACAUCAUCUGCGGCAGCGCCGCCCGGAUGGACGCCUACCUGGACGUGGUGGCGUCGCAGCUCUCGUGCAAGGUGGCCGUCUUCCACGGCCGCGACGACGAGCUGCUCCCCGUCGAGUGCGCGCUGGCCGUCGGCGCCCGCGUGCCGCGCGCCCGCGUCACCGUCUACGACCGCAAGGACCACAUCACCAUCAUCGUCGGCCAGGAGGAGCGCUUCGCCGCCGAGCUCGAGGCCAUCUGGAGGAGCGCCGCCGCCGACUAGCUGGUACACCUACUGAUCGCCCGACAACAGCUCGCAGAGGUGGAUGGAGACGACCCCUCCAAAAUUUCAUGGCCUGUAAAGAAGAUGCAAUAACCUCGAUGCUUUCCCUGCAGAUUGCAAUGCAGCAAGGGAAAAAAAAAGAAAGAAAAAGAGUAAGCCCAUGUACUAUAUCAGGAUGAGCGAGCAAGCAAUUGUACUGUAGUAUCGAUCCUGCCAUCAACCAUUUGCAAGAGUUUUUUUUUAUUUCUUCGAAAUACAAAGUAGUUGUAUUCUCCUGUCUUUUUUUCUUCUCUUCCUCUUCGCCUUCUCUGGAGUAUAAAGAAACUAAGAAAGUUUCCUGCUGGAUUAA